CAAGACCCGCCUCGAACCAACCUCCAAGAUCAUCGACUACCAUCUUUUUUUAUAAGCUGCAUUUCUAUAACAAUCGGAUCAUAAUGUCGGGCGGUGUUAAGAGAGACCGCGACGGCAAUGCUCGUGUGAAGAAUGCGGGGCCGCCGAAGCAGGCUGGGCCAAGGGGCAGGUUCCAUGAUAUGUUUGAAGGGUUUCGUGAUGAGCUUGAUGAGCAUCAUGAUCGACGAGAAAGAAUUGUGAAGGCAUCGCGAGAUGUCACUGCCCAGAGCAAGAAGAUUAUCUUUUCUCUUCAGAGAGUCAAGCAUCUCAACAAGGACUUCCCUCCUCACAUCCAACAAGACAUAGAUACACGCCUAGAGGAAAUCUCCAAACUCCUCAAUGGAAUCGCUCCAGAUGUCCAAAAUGUCAAUCGCUAUCGCUACACCUUUUCCCUCCGUUGUCUCGAAGAAUUCGUCGAGGCUCUCUCUUUCGCACACUACCUCCGCCACCAGACCCUCAUCACACCCACACAAGCACAAGCUGCUAUGCCCAGCGACAUGGCUCUCACCCCAAACGACUAUAUGUUUGGGAUCUUCGAUCUAUUUGGUGAGAUGAUGCGCUUUGCGACUGUCACGACGGCUCAAAAUGGUGAAUUGGCCGGUAAUGGAGGACGAAAUAUCAUGAGUGAUAUUCAAGAGCUUGGGUGUGAGUUUGAGAUCCUGCCUGAUGUGCCGACGAAGGAUUGGAGAGGAAAGAUGGCUGUGAUGAGGCAGAGUGUCAAAAAGGUUGAAAGGCUUGGGUAUGGACUUGUGGUGAGAGGAAGUGAGAGGCCAAAGGGCUGGGUGCCGGAUAUGAAGGAUGAUGCUCCUGAGCCUGCGUCGCCAUGAACACUCAACUUCAACUCAUGAUGUAAGGAAAACGGGAACUGGCUGUUGUGGGAUAUGAUGUGCUAUCUGGUUGAGUUGCUAGAGCUGGCUGCUCUAAUAUCAUGGUCUAUUUACGUUUAUGGAGGACUACGGCCACCCCUGCUGAUGAUAAGGAAAUAGUUGAUACAAAAAGUCACAUUGAGAUAUGUUUUCUCAGCUGGGAAUCUAUUCUUUUGCGAUUAUAUGGUGUGCCCACAAACUCGGGGGGAUCUUUGAAUAAUGGAACUCGGAGCUUUUGCAUGCCAAUCCCUUUUAGCCAAAGAUUGGUGAUAGACAAAGGAGAAAACGGAAAUUCUACGAUGGUACAAAGACAAUUGGAAUGAUUGACCGUGCAUUGCAUCGCCUAUUAGCAUUCGCGGG